AUGAAAACCUGCAAAGUUUCUUCUUUGCACCAAAAACACACCACUCUUCCCUCUCUUUCCUCACUCGCUUGCUUCUUUUUCUCUCUCUUCACAUUACUAUAUUCUCUCUGUUUCUCCAAAUUUCUCCUCAGAAACUAAAACUGAAAAUAUCAGUUUCCUUACGGCAAUGAACCAAUCACCCACUGUAAUCGAACAGGGAAUUUCCCGACAGCAUUUGAAGACUGUUUCCUGUGCCAAUGUUCUCACUUUGGCUUACCAAAGCCUUGGUGUAAUCUAUGGUGAUCUCAGCAUAUCACCUCUCUAUGUUUACAAAACAACUUUCUCUGGUAAACUAAGCCUCCACGAAGACGAUGAAGAGAUCUUUGGAGUGUUCUCUUUCAUCUUCUGGACAUUCACACUCAUCGCUCUUUUCAAAUACGUUUUCAUUGUUCUAUCAGCUGAUGACAAUGGAGAAGGUGGGACCUUUGCGUUGUACUCGCUUCUAUGCAGGUAUGCAAAGCUAAGCGUUUUACCAAAUCAUCAAGAAAUGGAUGAGAAACUAUCAACUUAUGCAACGGGAAGCCCUGGAGAGGCUAGACAGAGCACAGCGGUUAAAUCUUUCUUUGAGAAACACCCAAAAUCUCAAAAGUGCUUGUUGAUCUUUGUGCUUUUAGGGACAUGUAUGGCUAUCGGUGAUAGUGUCCUCACUCCAACGAUCUCAGUUCUUUCUGCUGUUUCUGGAGUCAAGCUCAAGAUUCCUGAACUUCACGAGAAUUAUGUUGUCAUCAUUUCUUGUAUCAUCUUGGUGGCGAUAUUCUCAGUGCAGCGUUAUGGUACGCAUAGAGUCGCCUUCAUUUUCGCACCAAUCUCCACAGCUUGGCUUCUCUCAAUCAGCAGCAUUGGAGUUUACAAUACAAUCAAAUGGAACCCUCGUAUAGUCUCUGCCCUUUCACCGGUUUACAUGUAUAAGUUCCUCAGAAGCACUGGCAUAGAAGGGUGGGUUUCACUUGGAGGAGUUGUUCUUUCAAUCACUGGUGUUGAGACCAUGUUUGCUGACUUAGGUCACUUCUCUUCCUUGUCCAUAAAGGUGGCUUUCUCGUUCUUUGUAUACCCAUGUUUGAUUCUUGCAUACAUGGGUGAGGCUGCAUUUCUCUCUAAACACCACGAAGACAUCCAGAGAAGCUUCUACAAGGCGAUACCCGAGCCUGUGUUCUGGCCAGUGUUCAUCAUAGCUACAUUCGCAGCUGUGAUUGGAAGCCAAGCUGUCAUAUCCGCAACGUUUUCAAUCAUAAGUCAAUGUUGUGCGCUUGAUUGCUUUCCUAGGGUCAAGAUCAUUCACACUUCAAGCAAAAUCCAUGGACAAAUUUACAUCCCUGAAGUAAACUGGAUGUUAAUGUGCCUUUGCUUGGCGGUCACGGUAGGGUUAAGAGACACUAACAUGAUCGGUCACGCAUACGGGCUUGCUGUGACAUCCGUGAUGCUUGUAACCACAUGUUUGAUGACAUUAGUAAUGACAAUCGUGUGGAAACAGAGAACCAUUACAGUUCUUGCUUUCUUGCUCUGUUUCGGUUCCAUAGAGCUUCUCUACUUCACGUCAUGCGUUUACAAAAUACCUGAAGGAGGAUGGAUCCCUAUUCUCCUCUCCUUAUCUUUCUUGGUGUUAAUGUACAUUUGGAACUACGGAACUACAAAGAAACAUGAGUUCGACGUUGAGAAUAAGGUCUCAAUAGACCGGAUCAUCGCUUUAGGACCGAGUAUCGGGAUGGUGAGAGUUCCAGGGAUCGGUUUGGUCUAUACUAAUCUAGUGACAGGAGUUCCAGCUGUGUUCGGACACUUCGUGACGAACCUGCCUGCCUUUCACAGGAUUCUUGUCUUUGUAUGCGUGAAGUCGGUUCAGGUUCCGUACGUUGGAGAAGAAGAGAGGUUUGUGAUAAGCAGAGUGGGGCCAAAGGAGUAUGGGAUGUUUAGAAGUGUGGUUAGGUAUGGAUACAGAGAUGUUCCAAGGGAAGUGUAUGAUUUUGAGAGCCGGUUAGUGUCAGCUAUUGUGGAGUUUGUUGAAACCGAACCGGGAGGUGGAGAAGGGUCUGAGCUGAGGAGAAGAAAGGAGGAGAUUUUGGAGAUAAUGGAGGCGAAAGAGGCAGGAGCAGCGUAUAUAUUGGGACAGUCUUACGCAAAGGCGAAGCAGUCUUCUUCCGUGUUGAAGAAGUUAGCGGUGAAUGUUGUGUUUGCGUUUAUGAGCACGAAUUGCAGAGGAACGAAUGUUGUUCUUAAUGUUCCUCAUACUCCUCUGCUUGAAGUUGGAAUGGUUUAUUAUGUUUAGAAGAGAGAAAGAUGUUUAGGGUUUAACAGAAAGAAAGAAGAAGAUUAGUACAGUACAGGGUGGUAGAGAAAGAAGAGAGAUCUAAAUUCGUUUUCAUUUGUGUUUAACAGAGAUUAGAUGUUGGGUUUUCAGAACUUUAACGUGUAAAUAUACUUAUUAUUAA